AUGGUUAAAGUCAACCUGAACAGAUAUUUCGUUGAGAAGCGCUACGACGACCAGUUCCUGCAGUUCCUGAGAAAUGACAACUUCAAUGAAUCGCAAGACUUCAUACUGACGCUCCAAAACGACGGCAAACUGGACCAGCUGUAUAACGUCACCAUGGAGCUUAAGUUCCAGUGCUGGGUCAAUGACAACAGGGACAAGAGAUUCGAACUGGCAGACGAACAACUGAGGCUCUUGAAUCGGAUAGCCGAGCAAGAGACCAACUGGAUCGUGUAUCCUCUGUACGUUGUCGCGAACCAGUAUUUCCAAAUAGCACAGAAGACAAGAACCAGCGCCUCCGGAGAAAACCUCCUCGAGAGGUGCGGCCGCACCAUCCACCGCAGCUUCAAUCUGUGUUUGAACGACAGAAACCCAGAGCUGCCGCGCAACCGCAAGAUCGGCUGCUACCUGUUCGCGAACCUCGAGUUCCAACUCUACCGCAAGCUAGAGAACCGAGACAUGGCCAAAAACCUCGUCAAAGUGCUACAAAGCCGUGUGAACGAGAUCCCGACGCUCUCCCAGAGUCUAGCCGCCCACCACGCGAAACACAAGGUCCUCUACAACUACUACAUGGGCGAGUACUACGGCUGCUACGAGUCCGACUUCCAGAAAGGCUUCACAUACUUGCAAGAAGCGCUGCUAGAGUGCUCCACGUCGGGAAGCUGCGACGCCCAAAUCGACCGAAUACUACUCCUACUAGUGCCCUUUGCACUACUAACAAGACGCCUAUAUCCAAAUUUUCACCAUACCGCAUUGGCAAACGCGCGGCGGCACCGCCGCGCGGCCCAGCACAUAUACCAGCCGAUCAUCAAGAGCCUGCUCACGGGCAACCUCAAGGACUACGACGCCCACUUCGCGAAACACGAACUGUUCUUCCUGCGCAAUGGCCUUUUCGUGGCCAUGUCACUGCUCAGAGAGCUCGUCUUGCUCAAACUGGUCAAGACCUGCUGGACUGUAUUGAACCACGUGACCGUCGUACCGUUAUCCACGAUUGCCAUCGGCUACCUAGCGAGCCUGCAUGGCACGCGCAAGAAACCCAAGAGACUGACUACCCCGAUCAACGAUUCGUUGCUCGAUGAGCUCGAAUGCCAAUUGGCUAACCUUAUCUGCAAGAACGCCAUCAAAGGCUACCUGUCGCACUCCAACCGCUGUCUCGUACUAAGCAAGAAAGAUCCGUUCCCGCAUUCGUCGCACGUGACACAGCUCUAG